AGUGAAAUAAACUCCCAGAAUGGCCGGAGUAGCGUCCACGUUGGCUAAAAAGAGGGCACUGGCUGCGGGUUUCGGGACUAACGCUAACGCUGUAAAAUAUCUCAAUCAGAACUUUCACUCUUUGAGAACUGAGUGUCUGAACCGCAGAGAGCUUUUCUGCGACCCCACGUUCCCCGCAGGUCCUGAGUGUCUGGGAUUUAACGAGCUCGGUCCACGCUCAUAUAAAACAAGAGGCGUUCAGUGGAAAAGACCUGGGGAGUUUACUUCCAGGCCAGAAUUCAUUAUUGGAGGAGCAAGAAGAACUGAUAUUUGUCAAGGAAGCUUAGGUGAUUGCUGGCUCCUAGCAGCUAUUGCAUCCCUCACUCUCAAUGAAGAUGUAUUGUCUCGAGUGGUACCAUCAGAUCAAGGCUUUGGGGAUAACUAUGCUGGUAUUUUUCACUUUCAGUUUUGGCAGUUUGGAGAGUGGGUAGAUGUAGUCAUUGAUGACCGACUGCCCACCAAAGAUGGAGAGCUGCUAUUUGUUCAUUCAGCCACAGGUUCUGAGUUCUGGAGCGCCCUGCUGGAGAAAGCCUAUGCUAAAAUAAAUGGAUGUUAUGAGGCUCUCUCUGGAGGCUCUACCACUGAAGGGUUUGAGGACUUCACAGGAGGCAUAGCGGAGAUGUAUGAGCUGAAAUCUGCUCCAGCCACUAUGUUUCACAUCAUCAAGAAGGCUCUGGAGUCUGGAGCUCUGUUGGGGUGUUCUAUAGACAUCACAAGUGCAGCAGACUCCGAAGCCGUCACUCACCAAAAGCUUGUGAAGGGGCAUGCUUAUUCCGUGACUGGGGCCUCUGAGGUGAACUACCGUGGUCGUAAGGAGAAGCUAAUCAGAGUGCGGAACCCCUGGGGUCAGGUGGAGUGGACUGGAGCCUGGAGUGACAACUCCUCUGAGUGGAACAAUGUGAAUGCUUCUGAACGUGAAAAUGUAAAAGCUGAGGAUGGAGAAUUCUGGAUGUCAUUCCCAGACUUUAAGAGACAUUAUUCCUGCCUGGAAAUUUGCACUUUGACUCCAGACACUAUUACGUCUGACCAGGUAAAACACUGGAGUGUGUGCAAAUUUGAUGGCAGCUGGAGAAGGGGCUCGACAGCUGGUGGUUGCAGAAAUAAUCCAUAUACAUUCUGGAUGAAUCCACAGUUUAAGAUCAGGUUAGAGGAAGAGGACGAUGAUCCUGAUGAUAAUGAUGUUGGCUGUAGUGUAGUAAUUGGCCUCAUCCAGAAGAACCGGCGCAAGCUGAGGAAAGCUGGAGAGGACAUGCACACCAUUGGUUACGCCAUCUAUGAAGUCCCAUCUCAGUUUCAUGGGCAAAAGGAAGUGCACCUUAGUAAGGAGUAUUUUCUGACACAUGCUCAGAAAGCUCGCUCUGAGACCUUUAUCAAUCUGCGAGAGGUCAGCACUCGCUUUAAAUUGCCUCCUGGAGAGUACCUCAUUGUUCCUUCUACCUUUGAACCACACAAGAAUGGGGACUUCUGUGUUCGGGUGUUCUCAGAGAAACAGUCUGAAAUGCAAAUUUGUGACGACCCUGUUGAGGCUGACAUAGAGGAUGACACUGUGUCAGAGGAUGAAGUUGAUGCCGGAUUUAGGGGGCUGUUUACCAAACUGGCAGGAGAGGACAUGGAGAUUUCAGCAUGUGAACUCAAAACCAUUCUCAACAAAAUAGUUGCAAAAAGGACAGAUAUUAAAACAGAUGGCUUCAGUUUGGAAACGUGCAAAACCAUGGUGAACCUAAUGGAUGACAGUGGUAAUGGCAAGCUUGGGUUGAGUGAAUUUGCCACCUUGUGGAAGAAGAUUCAAAAAUACUUGGCAAUCUACAAGAAAAAUGAUAUGGAUGAAUCUGGCUGUAUGAGUACACCAGAGAUGCGAAUGGCUUUAAAAGAAGCAGGCUUUAGUCUGGACAACAGUCUCCAUCAACUUCUGGCUGCUCGAUACGGAGACAUGGACAUGGUGAUCGACUUUGACAGCUUUGUAGCUUGCUUGAUGCGCUUGGAGAUGAUGUUCAAAAUAUUCAAGAGAAUUGAUGCUCAUAAAAGUGGAUUCAUUGAGUUGGACCUUCUACGGUGGCUGUCAUUUGCUAUGAUCUAGGAGGAACACAAGGAAAGGGAGAAAAACAUGGAUUGUAUUGUUAUAUAUAAUUGUAUAUUGACCUUUUAACAUAAUGUACAAUGGUCAACAUGUCUUUUACUACACUCAGUAUAUAUUGGUAAAUACACCAACGUUGUAUUUGUAUGCCGUCUGUCUGUCAUUUUAUCCAAUUCACCUACCAAUCUAAACAAACCAAAUGUUAGUUAGUGACUGCAGCCCAGUAGCUGCUAUGCCAACUUUAUCCUGUCCAUAAGUAGAGAAUGAAGGUGGCGAUUACGUAUUGGAUGCAGUUAAUGGGCUAAUUCAACAGGGAUUUUAAAUAUAUUUAUGUCACUGGUUGGUUUAAAAUAAUCCAGCAACUAAAAAUAUCCACCCAGCAGCCGUCCUUUGCCCUGAAAUGUAUUAAGUGGUUGAGAAUGAAAAAACAUUCUCUUUUUUAAACAAAACUGAUUUUGUCACAAUUAUUGGAAUUUCCUGCAUUCAAUACUCCAGAUCCUUUAAGGACUCUCUUAUGCUUACAGCUUUUCAGUUGAGUUCAGGUCUGGGGAUUAGGAUGGCCAAAGUUUAAUUCUUUGGGUUUGAACCAUUGUUGUGUGAAUUUAAUUUAAUGUUUUAGAUAAUUGUCCUGAUGGUACAUCCAACCCCAACUCAAUUUUAGCUUCUUGAUGGAGGCAGCCAGAUCUUACUAAUCUUAAAAAUUUUCUGGUAUACCUUCAUGUCAUGUACUUAAGGUUCCCAAGGCCUUCUAAAAACAACACAGCUCCACCACUAUAUGUUACUGUGGAAGUUUUUUUUUACUGUAAAACGAUUUCCCUUUGUAAUGAAUGUAUGUACCAGAUUGUUAUAUGUAAAAAGUGCUCAGUGAGUGUAUGUAUGGCAGUUUUUUCUGUGAAGGACUAAAACAUACAGUUAUCCUGUUGUCACACUAAGCGAUUUACGAUUCUUAUUCAAAAUGUAAUAUAAAACAUGGAAAAAUCAUUGUUUUAAAUGAUGAAUUUAUUUUAUUGGAAAAAAUUUAUUUCCCCAGAUCAUAGUGGAGAAAUUUUGACCCACUUGAAUUAUGAAUGCUCUUUAUCUGAGCUGCGUGAGUUAUUUGUUAUUUGUUUCUUUUGUAAGUUUAUGGUUGUUGAUGUACUCCUAAAAGAAGAAAAACUAUAAUAAGAACUAUGAGAGAAUUGUAAAAGAGCUUGUGAAAGUUUUUGGACAAAAAGGGUGUGUUAAUAAUAAUAAUAAUAAUAAAGUCACAAAAAUCAGUGCCAUCAGAAUCUCAAGCCCCCCAAGACUGGCAGUACAUCAGAGGAAUGGUAAAAUGUUAUCAAUUGUGUUGAUUGUAUUAUUAUAUGCUGGUUUGGACAGUAAAUAAAAUCUUUUUCUUUCCUAA